AUGUCCGUAGCUGGUCCCUCGCGACCUCCAACUCAGGUUACGGCCCCAUCGACGUCGGGCGACUCGGAGUCUAUCGUUCCUCCUCGUGUUGGGCCUGAUGUGGCUGUCCUGCGCGAGCUGGGGAAGCAGGCGCUCGUCGAGGCCCUCAAUGAGGUGCAAGGUACCAAGACGCUUGUGUUGGAUUCGGCGUUAGCGGGGCCGCUUGGCCUCGUAACGGACGUUGCGAGCUUGAAGCACCACGGCGUCGACAAGAUGUUCUGGCUCGAGCCCGGCCCGCUCAACGUCUCGACCCGCAAUGUGGUAUGGCUCUGCCGCCCGAAGCGCGCACACAUGCGCAUCAUCGCCGAGCAGGUCCGCGCCGCCCCCGGCCUCGUCUAUACAGUCCUCCUCGUUCCCCGCGUCACCGAGCUGUGCCGGAGAGUACUGGAAGAUGAAGGCGUCGUCGGCGACAUAACCCUGGCCGAGUUCAAGCUUGAGCUCAUUCCGAUCGAGAACGACGUACUGAGCCUCGAGCUCGAUGACGUUGCGCGCGAUAUCUUCCUCCGCGGAGACGACACGCCUAUCUACUACUCGGCCCUCGCGCUUGGUACGCUGCAACGCGCGUUCGGGAGCAUCCCACGAGUUCUGGCCAAAGGUGAUGCGGCGCAGAAACUCGCCGCCCUGCUGAACCGGCAUAAGCCUGACGUGCCGCCCAGCGAGCACAUCGACAGCUUGAUCAUCAUCGAUCGCGCCGUCGACUGGGUCACGCCCAUGUGUACCCAGCUCACUUAUGAGGGCAUGCUCGACGAGUUUAUCGGCAUCCACCACGCUCACAUGGAGGUCGACCCCAAGCUGCUUGAUCCCAACGCCAGCGCCGGCAAGAAGAGGAAGCACCACCUCUCCUCGGCGGAUAGGCUCUUUGGCGAUCUGCGCGAUCUCAACUUUGCGGUUGUGGGGAGCAGGCUCAGCAAGCUCGCACGCCGCCUCGAGACCGACUACGGCGGCGCCAAGAACCUCAAGAGCGUCACCCAGAUGCGCGACUUUGUCGGCAAGCUUGGCGGGCUCAAGAGUGAGCAGGAGAGUCUGCGCCUGCACACCAGCCUUGCGGAGCAGCUCAUGCCCCUUACCCAAACGGACGAGUUCAACAAGACGCUCGAGGCACAGCAGAACCUCGUGGCGGGGUUCGACCCAGCCGCACAGCUUGUGAUCAUCGAGGACCUGCUUGCGCAAGAAGCGAGCAUGCCAGCCGUCCUUCGCAGCGCAGUGCUCAUGUCCUUAACUGCGGGCGGUAUCCGUCCAAAGCCUCUCGAGGCGUUCAAGCGCGACUUCCUCCAGACGUACGGUUACCACCACCUGCCCCUCCUCGUAUCUCUGCAAGAGUUAGGCCUGCUUGUGCGCGCUCCCUCGCCCGCCCAGCCGCCUCUCUCUGUCCGCAAGUCGCUUCGCCUGGUCGUAGACGACGUCGACGACGCCAACCCCAAAGACAUCUCGUACGCGUAUUCCGGGUACGCGCCGGCGAGUAUCCGCCUCGUGCAGGCGGCUUCUCAGCGCAGUGGGUUGAGCGGCGACAAGGCCGACGUGGUGCGCAUGGAGGGCCGGCGGCCCAUCACGGGCUUCCGCGGGCUCGAGGACGCCGUCGCAGCCCUCCCUGGUGCAAGCUCGGACUCUGGGCCGGUUGGCCGUCACGCGGCCGGGACGACGCUCGUCUUCUUCCUUGGCGGUUGCACGUAUGCCGAGAUUAGUGCGCUGCGCUUCAUGAGCAGCCAGGGUGGGCGGCAGUUUAUGGUCGCGACAACGGGUAUGGUUAAUGGCACGACGCUGCUCAAGAGCUUUGGCGAUGCGGAUCCGGUGCCGCUAGAGCAGCAGCGAUAG